GAACCUUUCGUUUGAAGGGAAUUAUUAAAGAAGAAUAGUAAGUGCCCGCACAAGUUUGGAAACGGUUCAACUUUACCUACACCAUGCUUGGAAACAACACUAAAAGAGAGCUCGAGACAAUUGUCGAACAAGUACGUCCGGGACUGUUUUGCGUUCAUUUCCAAUGGGAUGGGAACAAGUCGGUGGUCGAAAACAAAAAUGCAGACUUGGAACUUGACUUGACUUACCCAUUCUUAUUAGAAAACAAUGACAGGAAUUCAAGCACUAAUAAGGUGGUAAUUUCAAAUCCGGUCGUCCCUUCCUCAGGUGCUGAAACACCAGCCUUCGUAGGUAGUACACUCAUGGGAUCCCUGUUCUAUGACGGACCUCGGGAGCAAGAAACCAAGCUUUUGCCUCUUCCCAGGCCAUCAACACAACAAAUAAUAGUCGAAAGCCAGACAGCUUUAGAAAACAGGCGUCAACCGUUAGUUUUUAGUACAAUAGUGACCGUCCCUUCCUCAGGUGCUGGUACACCAGCCUUCGUGCAAGGUUCAGGAAGUACGGUGUAUCGGAAGCGGAAAACUAUUCUUGGCAUUAAUCGUGGAGCAACUUCAGAUACAUUUACCGCUAGCCCAUUUCCAAAUGGUCAUAAUACCCAAGUCAUACUUAACAAAGUAAAUACUCCAUCGGGAUCCUCAAUCAAUAUCUCCAGCCAACCUGCCACCAAAGAGGAAACAAUGAAGUACAUCGCUAAGUUAUCAAUAAAAAAGCAGCAGUACGUUUUGAAGGUCUCAUUCAUCACGUCUACGGCCACGUCCAACGUCACCAUGGGUUCAUUAACCCUGAAGCAAAUAAAAACCAAACCCUGCCCAGCCAGCGAAAAGGCAAGAGUGGACAAGGUAAGCGGCGAUUCGAUUCGCUGUGAUGGCAAACUUGAGAAUGAUAACAUGCAGUUACCGUCGGCUGUUUGGGUACACCUCAGUGGAAUCGAAAAAAAGCACCGACAGCUCAAUUUUUUGAAUUCAAAUCAGUCCUGGACGUCGGAUGCUUUUGACGGGAGCUUUGCCCGCUCAGCAUGCUAUAAUUCCGGUCCUACUGAUUGGAAACCACUGGCCGGAUUGCUAUGGAUCGAGUUUGAAACUUCCAAUAUGGCAGAAAAGAAAGCUCUUAAACAAGUCACUGACUUGUACAUCGAACAGAUUUACUGCGACGUGCAAUUCGCUUUUAGAGGAGAGCAGCAAAUUGGGGGCCAUCGAAAUAUACUAGCAACCAGAAGUCCUGUGUUUGCCGCACUGUUUCAAAACGACCUGGAAGAGAAAACCACUGGCCAAGUUAAGAUUGAAGAUUGUGAACUAGAUGUUUUCAAGCAGUUCCUUCACUACAUCUAUUCGGGCAGGAUUUUGACGCCGUUAACUGAUGCAAAUGCUCAGUCGUUGUUCGUGGUGGCCGACAAAUACGACAUCCAAGACCUGAAAGAGGAGUGUAUCACUUUUCUGUUGACUUGCGUCAAGAUGAACAAUGUAGUCGGUCUAUUGGUCUGGUCGCAUCUUUACUCAGUCGAAGCAUUAAAAGAAGUUGUGCUCACCUUCAUAGACCAUAAUGGCAAAGAAAUUUGUUUUUUAAAAGAUUGGGAGGAGCUAGCCAAGAAUUACCCAGAACUUUCGGUCUUGGCAACUCGACGUAUGAUGGAUUAUGCGCUCCGUCGGGAGCAAAAAUAAGGAAUGGAAUAGUAACCAAACUUUAUACAUGUAUUGUACGUUGUAUGUGUUGCUUCGUGAAAAUAUUUUCAAUACGCAGAUUAAUGACUAAACGAGGCGCUUACCUUCGUCCAUUUUGGUUGCUGGAAAGGGUUGACCGAUUAUGACAUAUAUGUAGCAAUACUUCACAUUCAGUUUUGGAGGGGGGAAAAAUGCAAAAAGACAAAAUUGAAUGAAAAAACAAACAAGUUGUUUCCUUCCUUGGUGUUUCAAGUAAAGGCUCAGAAAUCUAGCUUGGUUAUGUUUCUGUUUAUCAGUGGGUUGUGGCAGCUGAUGGAAGUGAAUCGAUUAUCAAUUAACGGAAAUUGGGUUGCCUCUCAGAAUUUGCAUUCGCCAAACAGACAAGUUGAACGUUGUAAGCCUCAAUUUAGCUUACAUCUCUUGUUUCACGGAAGUAAAAUUUGG